CAGGUUUAGUAUGACACACGCACUGUACGCCCUAGACAUUGAAUUAGGUAACCCCUAGAAAUACCCACAAUUCCACUUCUUGAAUUUGCGAAGUCGCCAUUACCAACUCUAGCAGUAGGUGUUAUCAUCCGAGACUGAAGCAAUAGAUUGUGAGUCACAGCAACUGGUCAACUGUGGCACUUGUGUUGGGGAUUCUAGAUUUCAAUCCCUGUAAUUUUGGAGUUCAUACAGAUUGUCUACAGGAGUUCUGAAGCGAUAUAGCGGGAACUUCAUACCGCCAGUACUGAGAUGGUUCAUUGGUCCUUGUACUUUUCAUCACAUCAUUGACCGGCGUUCGUAGUCUCGUCGAUACAAUGUCUCAGUCAACUCGUGUUCUUGAAGUCGUAAAGUCGACUCGAUCUUGCGUGGAAACAAUCGGCGAGUCGUUCCGUUGGUCAUUUCGAUGUCGAAAUGUCUUGCAAGUUGCUGCUCCAUUAUCUCUAAAAAUGGUGAAUGAGUCGCGCGCAUCGAGCAUUCCACACAACACACAACGCUGCGACUCAAAACCAUCGAAGUUUACGCGUACGCUACUGUCAAGAAGGUGGUGUGAAUUUCGAGGAUGGGGGUCCUAUGUGGCGUAAUCGAGACUAUCACCAGAUUAAUUAAUAAGUUGUGCAGAAUCCUACUACGAGGCAAGAAGAACCGCCUUCUGGGUGGAGGAUGGAAUGGGGCAGGUGCUGCUUUCUGCGUCAAUCAUGGGAAGUUCGAAGAUCGAGGAGCUGGAACGAACUUGACUUCGAUGGCCCCUGUAGCUCACCAGUGGUAAAGGGCUUGCUCCCGAGAACGGCAUUUGGGCCCAUUUCUUGGAACUUUAAGAUUUGACGUAGAAUUCUCAGGACCAAGGCUAGUGAAGAACUGUGCUCAUGAGCAAAGCAACGUGACACCUAAUAGAGAAUCUAACUGUUUUGACCAUGCGGCAAUCCUCCCAAACGAGACCUACAUACAUCGCAGACACUGCUACUGUUGUGAAUUCGCGCUCACAGGGGGUUUCAGACAUAGUACAAGGGCUGUCGGUACACGAGUGUUUCGCAACGCCUUCUUCCCCUACCCUACUCUGAUGUCCUCGCAUGGAUGGGCAGGGAAACUUUGCGGAACUUGCGUUGUCUGUAAUUGUUGAACGCGUCCACUUUUGCAGUUUAGUUUAUGGAGAGAGGUGCUGUUGUUGAAGGGACGUUGAUGUGAGGAACGAGGGCGAAGUGUGAGAGAGAGAAAGAGAGAGAGAGAGAGAUUUUGAGGGGAGCAAGAGGUUACUCAGAGGACGAAUUCUAGUGUGAGGGAGGGUGGGGAGCGAGUGGGCUUGUGCGAAACGGUGGUAAAGCGUGGGGGCAACCGCGUCGAAGGGGCAGUCUCACAGUUAGAGAGCAAAUCACUAGCCAUUACUUGAUUUCUUACCUCACGCUUGUGGCGAUCGUCUUCAACGUUUGAUGUGAGAGGGGCAAGGGAAGAGAGAUGGAAGUGCCCAAUAGUUCCCCGGAGAAUACUGGAAGAGAGACUCAAGAGAUGACGAGGUCUUCGAGUUGGCGACCAAAUGCGUCGACGGUGAUUCGAAAGAGAAUCCUUGUGGGAUGCUUGGGGAUUGUUUUAGCAUUCGUUUGGUUGAGCAUCAAGCAAACAGUGCUCCCGAUUCAGUGGCAACCUUCAUCGUCAGGAGGUGAUAUGGGUCCGCUGUGCUGGCCGAAAGUACGUGCGUAUCUGUUUCUGAUCACGGAACUCAGCGUGCUUUUUACGGUUACGCUGUUCCUGUUUAUGGUCCCUGGUUUGAUUAUUGUAUGGAGCAUGGCCACUGUGGGAUAUUACAUUUGGUAUUCUUUUCGAUUUGGUCAAGAAAGAAAAACAGCUGGGCAGAAGAAGUUUUUUAAAAAAUCCGCUGAUUCGGCCAAGGAAAUGGUGAUGACCACAAUUCAGAGUGCAGUGCGUGAAGGGAAGACGUUUGGAGUUUCAGUUCUUCUUGCACUGUUUCUUCUGGCAUGGGUGCUCGGCAAGUAUAAUAUCUUCGCAGGGCGGUCGUGCAACUGAACCGAGUUGAACACAUAUAUGUUUCUCUUUGCAGGAACGGGCCUGUGAGUUUUGAGUAUCAUUUGAUGUGAGAAACCGAGUGUGGUGGUGGCUCUGGAAGUCACAUGAAAAGAGGCUUUUCUUCAAACCGCAGGAGCCGGAGCAGCUAUACGAUCACAGCUUCCCCUGCUGUGUUUAUACGAUUUUGUUAGUACUUCCGUCCAACUCUGAGAAUAUAGAGGUGGGGGGAGAACGCAGGCUUGAGGGAUCAUAAUGAGAAAUUUGUAGUUGUUAGAACAGUAAUACAUUAUUAGGUAGAAGGAAGAGUUUUAGGAUUGGUAGGAUCGGAACCUGGGCCAUUUCUAAAAUUGUCACAGACACUUGAUUCAUGAAGCCACAACCUAUGUUUUAUCCUGAUGAGCUCAGCUCGGAUACGGUGAAA